UACAAAUUCUUGAAACAUUUAAAAACUGUACGCGUACACCGUAUUUUAUCAGUUGUUUUUAUCUGUCACGGUGUCAGUAUCAUAAGGAACUCGAUUUAUUAAUGUCAUUUUAAUACCUUCAGUAUUGAUUGAACGGUGUCGUCUGAUGCAGUAAAUUGGACCGGUUGCCUUCGAUGAUUUAGUCGCGGAGUGGGGUGCGAGAACAAUUUACUUAUUCGCGGUCGCGGCCACUGCGUUGUCGCGUGGCCAUUGCCGCUUUUGCCGACGUGUAAACGCUGAUCUUUGACUUUUAACAUCCUGUCCUCGUCGGUCAAGAGGAUCAUGUCGGCCAACACGACCAUACCGGUGGCCACAUCCUUUGGCGGCCGACAGCAGCAGCAGCAACAACGGAGACGAUCCAGACGUCGGCCGGUGGCGGCCGCGGACGGAGCAUCGUGGCCACCGGACUCCGCUUGCGGUAUCUACGACAGUACGCCACUGUUAUCAGAAACGGCCGACGACUACGAAUAUUACGAUGAAAUAUCAGACAGCGUCGAUUCGCGAAACGGGUUGACGGAUAAUCCGAAAUACGGUUCCGUUAAUGAGGACGUGUUUAUGAGCACACCACCCAUGACGGGAACUGGAGUACAUUUUAACCGGCAAGCCUCGAUAGGGUCCACCGGCAAACAGCUAGUCUACUGUAUACAUGGCAAACCUUCAGGAUGUUGUGCUACACUAGUGUCGUCUGCCGAUGACCCUAACGCCAACCACGAGAAACAGAACUCGUCCGAUCCCAAGUCGCCAAUCACAAUUUUCAAUGAACACUGUCACCCUUACCGAGAAAGCACAUCAGAUCAAAAUAAGGCCCGGCGGAAGCUCAUAUUUGCCAGUGCUUUGUGUUUGUUUUUCAUGGUUGGAGAAGCUGUCGGAGGAUACAUGUCUAGUAGUUUGGCCAUAGCUACAGACGCUUCUCACUUGCUUACUGAUUUUGCCAGUUUUAUGAUAUCUUUAUGCGCUAUUUGGGUAGCGUCAAGACCUGCUACGCAAUCAAUGCCAUUUGGAUGGUAUAGGGCUGAAGUUUUGGGCGCCUUGACUUCAGUACUACUUAUUUGGGUUGUUACUGGCGUACUGUUAUACCUUGCUGUUGAACGUAUCACAGACAUGUCUUAUACCAUCGAUGCUAAUAUUAUGGUUAUAACAUCCAUUGUCGGAUUAUGUGUAAAUCUUGUAAUGGGUUUAACCCUUCAUCAACAUUCGCACUCUCAUGGUCAUGGAUCGCAUAGCCAUGAGGAACAAGGCACAAACCGAUCUAAUAUAAAUGUAAGAGCAGCUUACAUUCACGUUCUCGGUGACAUAAUUCAAAGCUUGGGUGUUUUGGUGGCAGCAGCUAUUGUUUACUUUAGGCCUGAUUGGAAGAUAGUUGAUCCCAUUUGCACAUUUUUGUUCUCCAUUUUGGUAUUGAUCACUACAUUCAAUAUUCUAAGAGACACAAUGGUUGUUUUGAUGGAAGGAAUGCCUAAAGGGGUCAAUUUUGUUGAUGUGUUGGAGACGUUCAUGAGUAUUGACGGCGUAGUUAGAGUACAUAAUCUUCGAGUGUGGGCUCUAAGUCCAGACAAAAUAGCUUUAGCCGCCCAUCUGGCAGUCAAACCUGGAGUGAAUACAACAAUGGUUUUGAAAGAAGCAUCUCGGAGAAUGUAUAAAAAGUAUAACUUUUUCGAUUGUACGCUACAAAUAGAGGAGUUCGAUGUUCAAAUGGAAAACUGUUUGCAAUGUCAGCCUCCAAAAUGUUAACUGCAAGACUGUAAUCGAUUGUUAUCGAAUGGUUAUGGAAAAUUCCAUCAAUCAUCGACAUCACUGUUGCGGUCGUCUUAUUCGCAGUAUUUAUACCUGCUUGACAUCGCCAAACCCCUCCCUACCUAGUACCCUCAACAUAGUCGCGAUCUCUGUACGAUACGUUUUAUUUUUUAAUCAUUAUUUUAAGUUUUUUAUUAUGAAAAAAUAAUAUAUUAUUUUUCGAGCUCACCCAAACAACUGCUGUGAUCGUUACCGAACAGACAACGGAAUGAUGUUUUCUGUGAAUGGAUAAUGCAUAUUAUGUUAUUUUAUUUUUAUUUAAAUACAUUUAUUUUUUAAGUAUGUGAGUAUUCAUAUAUUUUUUAUACUAAGUAUUGCUAUACGUUUUAAUAAAAGUAUAAAAUGUUAAUUUAUAAUACAAUCAUUCAUCUGUUUGAACUAUCAUUGUUUGUGUGUAAUGUGUAACCGUGUGAUUUUUUAAAUCAAUUUUGUAAUAUAACUUUUAUUAGUAUAUGAAGUUACUUUAAUUUAUAACAUUUAAAAUUUUUAAUUAGAUGCCAUUUAAAAUAAACAAUUUUUCUAAUAAAAACAUUUUAACAGAG